AUUCAACCGACCGGUCUCUCUUCCGUCUUCCGGUGUCCUUAAAUGUGUAUUAAAAAGAGCGUACGCCGAAUUUGAUUGAAUCGAAAAUGGACAAAAAUUUGUUAGCGAGCAGUUUGUCCAGCUUUUUAAUUUUCUAUUGUUGUUCUUUUUCCUCGAGAGGCAAACUCAUUUUUGCAUGACUUGUUCCAGCAACGAGGAAUCUCCCACGCACAAAAUCAUCCUAAUGAAAUAACGACACAAUGGCAACAACGUGCAGAUACAUGGUGCGGAGAACACUCUGUGCACUUGGAGCUCAUGGAGUUUCUUAUCAGCACUUCACUCCAUCUUCAAGUCAAAGAAAGCUCAUUCGGAGACCACAAGUCAGACACCUGAGCUGUCCUGACAAUUCCCGUUUGACAGGGAGCAGCUCUUUGUCCUUUAGGAGUCAUACCUGUGGACAACUAAGAUCUGAGCAUGUUGGUGACAAAGUCACAUUGUGUGGAUGGGUCCAAUACCUGAGACAGGACCUGUUUGUCAUUCUCCGAGACUUCAGUGGCCUCACCCAAGUACUUAUACCUCAGCAGGAAAGUGCACACCAUCUUAAAGAAGUACUGUGUAAUCUCACAGCUGAGUCUGUCAUCAAGGUUACUGGGACAGUUAGGCAACGGCCAGCGGGACAUGAAAACAAGGGGAUGCCAACUGGUGACAUUGAAGUCCUUGCUGAGCAUGUGGAAGUUUUCAAUGUGUGCCAGAAGUUGCCGUUUGAAAUCAAAGACUUUGUUAAAAAAUCAGAGUCUUUACGCAUGCAGUUUCGUUAUCUAGACCUGAGGUCUUCUCGCUUACAGAAGAACCUCCGACUGAGGUCCCAACUAGUGAUGAAGAUGAGGGAAUAUCUUUGCAAUGUACACGAUUUUGUUGAUGUCGAAACACCGACAUUGUUUAAAAGAACACCAGGGGGAGCCAAAGAGUUUGUGGUUCCAUCCAGAGACCCGGGUCGUUUCUAUGCCCUCCCUCAAAGUCCACAGCAGUUCAAGCAGCUUCUCAUGGUGGCCGGAAUUGACAGGUACUUCCAGGUUGCUCGCUGCUAUCGAGACGAAGGCUCCAAACCAGAUCGGCAGCCUGAGUUCACCCAGGUUGAUAUCGAAAUGUCUUUUGUGGACCAGACGGGCAUCAUGUCCCUCGUGGAAGGUUUGUUGAAAUACUCGUGGCCUACAGGGAAAGGCCCCCUCAUGGUUCCUUUCCCAACCAUGACAUACAAAGAGGCCAUGAGGGACUAUGGGGUGGACAAACCUGAUACAAGAUUUGACAUGAAGCUGAUGGACCUCAGAGAUAUUUUCCUGUCCACAAAUAUUGGUUUCUUCAAAUCAGCUGUUAGCAAACCCGGAAGCUCCGUUUUGGCCAUCUGUGUCCCCAGUGGAAGUGAACUUUUUACUGGGAAAGAUUUAGAAGAACUGAAACAAUCAUCUAAGACAAAUUUUAACCAGGAGGUGAGUGUGGUGCUGGUCAGAGAAGAUGGAACGCUGAAGUCUCCUCUGAAGAAAUUGUUGUCUGCUUCUGACACUGAUGCUCUACUGAGGAAGACUGCCGCCAAACCAGGCGACCUGCUACUGAUAGCUGCUGGUCCUUGUGAACUUCUGCGCCCAACGCUUGGUAGUCUUCGUUUGCAGUGUGCAGAGCUCCUGGAGUCUCAUGGCUUGACAGUCCGUGACUCAUCGGCCUUUCAUUUUCUGUGGGUCGUGGAUUUCCCUCUCUUCUUGCCUAAAGAAGACAAUCCAGAAGAGCUUGAGUCAGCCCAUCAUCCAUUUACUGCUCCACUGCCGGAAGACACCCAGUUGCUUUACACGGAGCCGCAAAAAGUUCGUGGCCAACACUACGACCUUGUGUUGAACGGCUGUGAGAUUGGAGGAGGUUCAAUUCGUAUCCACAAGGCUUCAGAGCAACGUCACGUUUUAAAGAAUAUCCUCAAGGAGGAUCUCAGUGUUCUUUCUCACCUGCUGGAGGCUUUGGACUCUGGCGCGCCGCCACAUGGUGGUAUUGCUCUUGGUUUGGACCGGCUGGUUUCCAUCAUGGUGGCUGCUUCCAGCAUACGUGAUGUCAUCGCCUUCCCAAAGUCAUUUCGUGGUCAUGACCUAAUGAGUCGCGCUCCAGACUUUGUGUCAGAGGAGGUGCUGAAUUCCUACCAUAUUUCAGUCAAGAAGCCAACAGAGACCCGAGUAGAACACGAUGAAAAGUGUGGAGAUUUACAACAAAGCUAGAUGGACAAAAAGGCACUGUUUGUAAUCACAAAGACAAUGAUGGUAAAACGCUCACUGCACCGAUACCUUGAUAUAAGACUGUAUCGUCACUGAUACAAAACAAAA